AUGCUGAGUGUACAGGCAUUUCUGCUUUUUCUACUGGCAUGUCUCCUAAUUCUGUAUCUUCUGAAACUGCUCUGGUCUCAGAGUUCUUACCCUCCAGGGCCUCCUCAACUUCCAUUCAUUGGAAGCACUUGGGUAUUAGGGUUGACGCCUUCUCUAGACACUACCAUUAAGCUGGCAAAGCGCUAUGGGAACGUCUACACACUGUGGCUGGGUUCUAAACCUAUUAUCAUGCUGUCUGGAUAUGAAGAGGUGAAAGAAGUGCUAAUAAAUCACUCAGAAGACUUUGCUGACAGACCUGUGACCCCUUUAGUUCAAGCGGUAGUAAAAGAACGGGGUAUUGCAUUUACAAGUGGCCACACCUGGAAGGAACAGAGGAAGUUUGGCAUAGUUACCAUGCGGAAGCUGGGACUGGGGAAGAAAGGCCUGGAGAGCGAAAUAGAAGAGGAGGCCCAUCAGCUUGUUGAGUCUUUUGCACGGACAAAAGGGCAGCCAUUUGACCCUUCAUUGCCCAUCACUAAUUCCAUCUGCAAUACGAUCUGUGCUGUGGCUUUUGGACACAGAUUUUCUGUGGAAGAUGAAGAAUUCCUCAGGUUGAUGGAAGCCAUUGAUGAUUUUGCCAAAUUUGUAGCCAGUAUCUUUCAUUCUCUGUAUGAAAUAUUCCCACGGAUCAUGAAUCAUCUCCCAGGGCCUCACCAGAAGGCACUUGCACAUGUAAAAGCUGUGCACACAUUUGCAAUGAAGGAAAUAGAGAAGCAUAAGGAGCAUGAUGCUGUGCAUGAGCCACAAGAUUUCAUCGAUUUCUAUCUCUUGCAUAUGAAGAAAAGCAAGAAUGACCCCAACUCUACGUACAAUGAGGAGAACCUGGCUCAGUGUGUUUUUGAACUUUUUGUGACAGGGACAGAAACGACGUCCUUGACUUUGCAGUGGGCAUUGAUCCUCAUGGCAACUCACCCAGACAUCCAGCAGAAAGUCCACAAGGAGAUCGAAGAUGUUUUGGGUUCCUCUCAGUCGUUUCGCUAUCAAGAUCGAAAAAGAUUGCCUUACACCAAUGCUGUAAUUCACGAGACCCAGCGGUUCCGAUAUAUUUUAUUUACUGGGAUCCCCAGACAAUGUGUAAAGGAUGUGAACAUCUUUGGUUUUCUUAUUCCCAAGGGGACCAUUGUUAGUCCAGACCUACGUUCUGUUCUUCUUGAUCCGAAGCAAUGGGAGAAAUCUCAGGAGUUCCAUCCAAAUCAUUUUUUGGAUAAAGAUGGAAAUUUCUGGGAAAGAGAAGCAUUUAUUCCAUUCGGAGCAGGAGCCCGUGUGUGCCUGGGAGAACAGCUGGCGAAGAUUGAGCUCUUCAUCUUCUUCACCAGCCUGCUGAGGUCAUUCACUUUUCAGCUUCCAGAAGGCAUGAAAGAUCUCAGCGAAAAACCUAUAAUAGGGGCAACAGUGGCUCCCCCACCUCUUAAGCUCCGUGCUGUUCCCCGCUGUACCAAUUAGAGUGUCUCAUUCAUUUCUAUCCAUUUCUCCUGCAUUCUUGUAAUCAUUUAACCCUCAGCUUCUUGAUCAGAGAUUUAUGGGUUCCUAAAUCAGUAAUUAUUAUUUGAAAAAUAUUUAGGGGUGUGCACCGAAAAAAAAAAUCAAUUUCAGUUUCGGAUCCAGGCUUUCUGAUCAAAUUAUGUACUGUUAUCAUUUUUUUCUGAUGCGGCAUUUCUGGCUCUGAUCUAAUCCAUUUGGUUUCUUUCGAUAUGAGUUUUGGACACAUUCUUUGCAAUGAGGGCUUCCAGGCUCUUUGGGGCAGCUGUUUUUGCCCUUGAUGGCACAAAAAUUAUAAAAAAUACAAUUGUCUCUAAACCAUCACUCUGAGUUUUCCCUUAGUUACACUACACAA